AUGGCCAGCCCCGACGACUAUCGCUUUGGCAACAACAUCGGCCCAAGAGACCGCAAAUGGCUUUGGGAAAGACUUCACAAACACAAGCCAAGCGACUUCUCAACUGAGAAUCUCUAUGAAGCAGUCGCAGAGAGUCCUUUUUAUCUCCUCCCUCCAGAAUUACGACUGCGCAUCCUCCGUCAGGCAUUUGGAGACUGCAGAGUUCAUCUACAUCUUGCCGGCGGGGCAAGAAGUGCAAACGCUUUGGUUGGGGAUGUUAUACGAAAUCCCGAUCGAUUUGAAUGGUUCGGUCGUGUUUGCGAUCGUCCCCCGAAUCGAAAACCAGUCAACGACGACUGCAGGCUUGCACUUCAGGACACACAUCCCCGAUCAGGUCAGCUCGGUGUGAUCGGUUGGCUCUGUAGUUCUCGGCUUGGACACAUGGAGGGUACCCACAUUCUCUACUCCACCAACAUUUUUUUCCUCGAUGACGAAGAUUUAUUGGAGAAUAUAGACGUGGUACUGCCAGCAAAACAUCUGAUUCACAUACCAGCUCUAGAAGUUAUGAUGGAUGGGAAAUUGUUCAACCUACCUGAGUGGGCUAUGGAGUUUGCGACGCGACACUGGGCGUACCGGAGACUUGAAAGAAUUGGGUUCAAUUUGAAAAACCGCUUUCCAUCGCUGCGUCAUUCAUACAUCUCCCUCGGGGUUCUGCACUCUAGCGAGGCCCGUGAAGAUCGAGAUCCUGCCGUGAUAGAAAGAAUUAUCAGUUCCAUCGAUGAGAUUGCUUCGCGAAUGCGCAAGGAUCUUGAAGUCGAGGUUGCGCUUCCGGAGACUUUCUUCCGUGAUUUGCAGCGGAAGGUUUCAGACGGAAGUGCCAAUCACUAUUCGCAGAGCGAUGAUGGCAAGAAUAUGAUUUGGAAAAAGCGAUGUGAUAGUGGGAGAGAGAUGGUGUUAUCUCUUGGGAAAGCGGACGACUUUAGUGACUAUAGUGACAAUGAAGAGGAAGAAAUGUACUGA